AUGGGCGACUUACCAGUACCGCGCAUAACAGCCAGUAGAGCUUUCCUAAACGUCGGCGUUGAUUAUGCAGGCCCCUUCAAUAUCUCCAUGAGUCGUCACAGAGGCGCUCGAACCUACAAGGCUUAUAUAUGCUUGUUCAUCUGUUUAGCCACUAAGGCGAUACAUCUCGAAUUAGCUUCAGAUUUAACAAGCGAUACAUUUUUAGAUUGCUUGAAACGAUUCCUAGCCCGGCGUGGUCCUAUCAAAUGGUUGCAAAUUUUAUCCUACGAAGAGUUUAAUACAGUCCUCAAUCAAAUCGAAGCCUUACUGAAUUCAAGACCGUUAUGUUGGCUGAGCAAUGAUCCAUCGGAUCCUCAACCUCUUACGCCUGCGCACUUCUUAAUGCAAGAGCCUCUGUCGGAUUUGCCCGUUGACUAUGAAAACUUGAAUUUGACUAAAAGAAAACAAUUGUUAGAUCAUAUUGUCGCUUCUUACUGGAAGCGAUGGAAUGUGGAAUAUCUAACCGAGCUACAGGUCCGACAGAAAUGGAAUACAGUCACUAAUCCUAUUAAAAAGGGUGAUUUGGUAGUUGUAAAACAAGAGAAUGCGCGUCGCUGCUCCAUGGGGGGUUGGGAAAAGUUGAAGAGGGCGUAG